AUGGCUUUAAUUGAUGAUAGAAAACAACGAUACUGUUCAGACAACGUUCAGCCUAAAAAUAUAUAUGUUUGCGGGACAAGGCUGUAUUACCCAAACAACGAGAUCUGCUGCCGUCAGAAUAUCAUCUCCUCAAAUGGUACAUUAGGCUGUUGUGGAGGGGGUUCUUACGACAAACGACACCAGACCUGCUGCCACGGCAAAGCAAUCCAGAAAGAAACCGAAAUAUGCUGCCAAGGCACCGUGCACAAUAUCAACAAUGUUGAAAACCACCAGUGCUGUGGAAGAAACGUGUACUCUCGGACAUCACAACUUUGUUGCAGAAAUGACGUCAUAACAGACAAAACGAAAACUCAUCACGAUCGAUGUUGUUAUGGUAACACAUUGCCCUUCUCAUGCACAGAACCUCACUUCAAUACCUGUGGAAAGCAGCCGUAUGACAGGGAAAAAGACCUCUGCUGCAAUAUGCAGAUCCAUAAAGGGGCCAAGGGAUUCGGGCGAAAAUGCUGUGGUUCAGGGACUAAAAACUAUGACCCUGAAACGGAGGAGUGUCGUCUUAAUGACGUCAAGAAUAAAACAGAUAGCCAUCCUGCAAUACCAGCAGCCCCUGGUCCACCGGGUUCUGGGAAGCCAAUUGCAGAUAAAAAAGAACUGCAAACAUUCGGAAUUUCCACAGCUUCCUCUCCUGAAUGGACUCCCUCGAAAAUGCAAAAAUUCAUAAAGGAUAAGAAAAUAUACAUCUGCGGAAGAAAUGGUAUAUUUUUGUAUUUUCUUUCUGAAGAAUUGGUAUAUUUUGUCAGUUGUACUUUACAGUAUACAAUUAAUCCAAGCUUACGCCGGAAACAGUCAAAACUAUUGUCCCGAGGUGGUGGCGAAGACCCGGGAAACUGUUUUUAGAGGUCGUAGGCCAGGGACAACAGUCUCCCCGGUCUUCGCCACCACCUCGGGACAAUAGUCUUGAUUUUUUCCCGCGUAGGCAUGAAAUACAUUGUACUUGUUUUAUUACCUAAUCUGCUAAUCAGGCAUUAGUUUCUCACGUGACCGGGAAACAGUUCGUCACGUGACGGGAAACAGUUUGUCACAUGAUCAGGUAAUAUUGUGAU